AUGGUGGCCCCCUUCUACAGACUGCACUGCUUCCUGAAGCGGGCUCAGAUGCUGCUGCUCUGCCUGGGCAUAGCCUAUCUGAUGGCAGGCAGCAUCCUGCUCCUGCAGCGCUCCAGCAUCCGAGUAUCCCAGCCGAACCUCGCGGGCCUGCCACCCCUGCUGUCCCUCGCGGCACCUCCCACCGUCCUCAGGGCCAUAGGCUUGGGUGUGAGGGCACGCUCCAGAUGGGCCACUGUUCAGUCUGUGUCCGGAGGGGGAGCCAAGGCAGGGCGACACUCGCCCGCUUCACGGAGCCUGGGGGUCCAACACUUGCAUCACCGCUGGUUUCACAAUCUACUGCCAGAGAGUCCAGAGCAGAGAGUUUCUCUCCACAGGAGCAGCAGACUCAAAGGAACCUACAUGGGCUGCUUCCUGCACAACGCCAGCGAUCGAGCCCUCGGAGGAACCAUGCUUUAUGACCUGCGCAAAAUGACCAGCUCUCUGUGUCAAGACACCUGCUCGGAAAGUGGGUACCAGUUUGCAGGUCUGGAGUAUGGAGCUGAAUGCCACUGCGGGAACCGGAUCAGUAGCCCGCGGGCUCCUGAAGAGGACUGUAGUCUGGUGUGUCGGGGUGAGAGGGGGUCCCCAUGUGGCGGCGUGGGUCGUCUUUCCAUUUACAAGGUGGAGGAGCAGCUGCCGGGUCACAGGAAAUUCAGGAACGUUCACUACCGCGGUUGCUUCAAGUUGCCGAAGAACACCCUCAGCACUUUUCCCAUCUACUCCUUACAGCCCAACCUCACCACGCAGUCCUGCAUCGAGACCUGCACGGACAAGGAGCUCCUGCUGGCUGUGUUCAAGAACCCGCACUGUUUCUGUACAUGGACAUCCUCCCUCUUUAAUAUCAACCAGCAGUCUGACAACCAGCAGUGUACAGGGAACACUGGUCUGAACCACACCGGCACAUCCUCAGCCACAGCUCCCUCUGAGCAUGGCUAUUACCAGGUGUAUCACACACCUGUCCUCGACUCCAGGUGCAAAGAGAGGAUGUUUCUGCCUCAGAGAUCCAGCUCCCUGGUGGCUCUUUCCAGUUUUCCUGGUGCAGGCAACACCUGGGUACGUCACCUGAUCGAGCUCGUGACCGGCUACUACACUGGCAGCUUCUAUUUCGACGGCACACUGUACAACAGAGGUUUCAAAGGAGAGAAGGACUACUGGAAGAGCGGCCGCAGCGUCUGCGUAAAGACCCACGAGAGCGGUCAGAAGGAGAUCGAGGUGUUCGACUCUGCCAUCCUGCUGAUUCGAAACCCCUACCGGUCCCUCAUUGCUGAAUUCAACCGCAAGUGCGCCGGACAUUUAGGACACGCCACAGACGCACAGUGGAAAAGCAAAGAGUGGCCAGAGUUUGUCUCCAGCUACGCCCCCUGGUGGGCGUCCCACGCUCUGAGCUGGCUGAAGUUUGGGCGCCGCCUGCUGGUGGUGCAUUACGAGGAGCUGCAGAGGGCUCUCCUCCCACAGUUGCGUGUCAUCACAGCCUUUCUGAACGUCACUCUAACUGAAGAAAGGCUGCUUUGUGCCCAGAGCAACCAAGACGGUCAUUUCAAACGCUCCGGGGCCCAGCGACCCUCCUUUGACCCAUUUACCCCUGACAUGAGACAGAUGAUUGACUCCUUCAUUGGUACUGUUGACCAGGCACUGCAGAGCAGGAACAUUAGCGGACUUCCACAAGAAUACCUCCCCAGAUGA